UCUUGCCCUUUCUCCAGUUCUGUGAUGGAAGGCAGUGGCAGUGGAUUGACUGUAGAGCUGGCCUCCCCUGGGCCUUGUGUGGCUGGCAUGGAGGGGAACAUCAGUGGGCAGGUGUUUGAGGCGGCGCUGCAGAACAGCUCCUCGUCCAAACGUAGCCCUCAGUUUGUGGGGGUGGAGCUGCUGAAGUCCUUCAAGCUGCUCAUCAUCCCCUGCUACAUCCUGGUGGUGCUGAUCGGGGUGUUCGGCAACUACUUGCUGCUCUACGUCAUCUGCCACACCCGUAAGAUGCACAACAUCACUAACUUCUUCAUUGGAAACCUGGCCUUCUCCGACAUGCUGAUGUGUGCCACCUGUGUCCCCUUCACCUUGGCCUAUGCCUUCAACCCCCGCGGCUGGGUUUUUGGGAGGUUCAUGUGCUACCUGGUUUACCUCAUCCAACCAGUGACCGUCUACGUGUCUGUCUUCACUCUCACUGCUAUUGGUGUUGACAGGUACUAUGCCACAGUUCACCCUCUGAAGAAGCGGAUCUCAGUGCUGGCGUGUACCUACCUCUUAUCUGGGAUCUGGCUGCUCUCCUGUGGGCUUGUGGCCCCGGCCGUGGCCCACACCUACCAUGUGGAGUUCAAGAAUGAUGGCUUUACCAUCUGUGAGGAGUUCUGGAUGGGCAAGAAGAGAGAGAGGUUGGCCUACGCAUACAGCACACUUUUCAUGACCUACGUCCUGCCUCUGUCUGCCCUCUGCAUCUCUUACCUCUGCAUCUCUGUCAAGCUCCGUAACUGUGUGGUGCCUGGCCACCGCACCCAGAGCCAGGCCGAGGCCCAGCGAACCCGCAAGCGCAAGACCUUCCGUCUGAUCACCCUGGUGGUGGCGGCUUUCGGCGUGUGCUGGAUGCCCAUCAGUGUGUUCAACGUGCUGCGGGACAUUGACAUUGACCUGAUCGACAAGCGCUACUUCCUGCUCAUCCAGCUGCUGUGCCACUUGUGUGCCAUGAGCUCGUCCUGCUGUAACCCUUUCCUGUAUGCCUGGCUGCAUAACCGAUUUCGUGCCGAGCUGCGCAAGAUGUUCACCUGCCACCGCCGCAUCGGCAUCCCUGCCAACCACUGUGCCACAAACAGCGUGAACCCCUUCAUCCCACCCUCCCACCCACCCGCACAGGAUUUGUUCAGAGAAUGGUCUUGA